AUGCAGGAUUCUUUUGACAGCACAAGGCAGACGGAAGUAAAUGUGCUGGAUCCGCGUGGGCGGGACAGCAAUUCCCUCAGCAACGAGAACGAGGCACCGGUUGUGCUGCGGCUGCGCAACCUCGAGAAGAGCUACCCAAUUGAGGGUACUGAUGUACGUGUGGUGGCGCUGAAAGGUGUGAAUCUCUGCGAAGACUCUGACGAAGAGGGAUUCGGCCCUAUCCGCCGCGGGGAGUUCGUCAUGAUACGCGGGCCUAGCGGUGGCGGCAAGACGACGCUGCUGAACAUCAUCGGCACCCUGGACUCCCCGUCAGGUGGCACCGUUGAAGUAAUGGGAACCGCCGUGAACGAAAAUACACCUGACACGGUCCUCGCUGACUUCCGCCUGCGCAAAAUCGGCUUCGUGUUUCAGACGUUCAACCUAAUCGCAACAAUGACGGCGGUGGAGAAUGUGGAACUGCCCAUGACACUGAUGGGCAAACUCUCCAAGAAGGAAAGACGACUUCGCGCGUUUCGUCUGCUGGCCCUCGUGGGUCUGAGGAACCGCGUACACCACCUGCCGUCAGAGCUCAGUGGUGGGGAGCAACAGCGGGUCACAAUCGCCCGCAGUCUCGCCAAUAACCCACCGCUCCUGCUGCUGGACGAACCGACGGGUGACUUGGACACCCUGAACACCAUCGAGAUCAUGGAUCUCCUGCUGCAUCUUAACCGCCUGACUAGGACGACCUGUAUCAUGGUGACACACAACCCCGAUGUUGAGUGUUACGCAGACCGCAUUCUCUACGUGGCAGACAGUCGAUUUGUCAAGGAGGUGCGAAAUAGCCGUCCACAGCGGCUGAUGUACGAUGCGUAUUUGAAGCACCUUGAGAAAAAGGAAAAAGAGUUAACAACGACUUUUCUGCCAUCAGAUGGCUCUUUGGAAGGGGGGUGA